AGUUUUGGUCUCUAGAAUUUGAUGAUGAAAAUUUUCCUCUUAGGCAGUCAAUGUUAGCCUUGGAAGUUCGCAUAACUGCUUUUUGAAUGCUGGGAGAACCUUUUAUUAACGGUGAAGCAGUACCAUAUGAUCCCAAGUACCAUGAGGAAUGGAUAAGAAACAAUAGCCGAGCAAACGAAAGGAACAGACGCAAUGACAGACCUCGAAAUUUUGACAGAUCAAGGAACUUUGAUAGGAGGAGCGAAAAUAUGCAGAACCGAGAUUUUCAGAACUGGGGUCAGCCUCCUAUGCCUAAUCAAGCUGGGCAAAAUCCUGGGCCUAACAUGCCUGGACCUGCCAACAACAUGAGGACUCCCAACAAUAUGGGCCCCCCACCCCCGAACGCGGGUCUAAUGGCUCCCCACAACAACGUGGGUCUACCGUAGUGUGCAGCAGCCAAACAACUGGAGUGGUGGGCAGCCCAACAACAAUAGCAAUCAGAUGCCUCAUAAUGAUAAUCAGAUGCCGCCGC